CUCAUCAUUCUCGAGAAUAUUACUCCGUACUUCUCUGGAGUUUUAUUUGGACACCCUACCGUUAACUUAAGCUCACUUGCCUAAAAAAACCCUAACAUUUCUCUAACUCAAGGAAACAUGAAUUCCCCACCUCCGCUCCCACAUCCGACCCCCCCUCCGGCUGCAGGGCAGCCUCCUGCUGCAGGGCCACCUCCGGCUGAAGGGCAGCCUCCUGCUGCAGAGCCGCCUCCGGCUGCAGGGCCGCCUCCGGCUCCAGGGCUGCCUCCGGCAGGUCUACUACAGGCCCUUCCAGGGCCACCACAGCCCCCUGGUGAUGAGCUGGAUGAAGUCAUUCUAUUCGGCUUUGACGCAAAAAUGAAGGUGACCUCCCUGACCUUGAGUCCAACUCGUAUGAGAUUUGGGUGUACAAAAAAUACACCAAUGCAAAUUUCGAAUUAUCAUACACGACAAGUGGGGCUAUUAACCAAUAUUCUCGACUUAGGUCAACGGGUGAAGUGUUCCUGCUGGAGAAUUUGGCAGGGAAUCUAUCUCCAUCUAGAGAGCACUGCGAUGAGGCAAUGGAAGCCUUCGUUUUUUCCUGAGGUCACUGUACCACAACCAUGAAGUAUCAGCAGAGAGUUUUGAGAAUUUCAAGGAAGCAUUGAAGACACUUUCGAAUGCAUUAAGAGAUUUUUCUCUUUUCUCAGAGGAGGGUUUAAUUCCGUCGCUGGUUGACGUUCGAUUUACCACAUACACUCUCUUGGCUCGUCACAACAUGCAAAAACCGAUGGACCUUAUUGCGAGAUUCUCUAAUCUAGUCGGCCAUACCGAUAGGUUCCUUGCAAAAUUUGUCAAGCCAUGUCCGGUGAGUGUAGAUCACGACUUAAUGAAGUCUUUUUUGGAAGACUACAGCUCAUGGCAUGACUUUACCGAGUUUGCAAGGGGGGGUUAUGGUAAAGUAUAUAAACUUAUAAUAUCUGAAGAGAAUCCUUUGGGUUUACCUCAUGGGAUUUAUGCGUUGAAAACGAAUUUGGACAAUAAAGGACAUGGGGAAAUAUUGAAUGAAAUUGGUUAUCUGGGGAAAUUGAUAUAGCCUAACAUCAUAAGAUUGUGUGCAUCCUCUUACGAUCCUGACAGUGCGUAUCUCAUCAUGCCCUUUCACGGAGUUCAACUCCAGCAACUUGUUGAUGAAAAUAGAUUGAAUUGGAGGCAGACAUUAGUGAUUCUAAAGUCCGUGACGUAUGUGUUUCAUUGCAUCUCAUCACAUGAUGAUCGACGCCGAACGGUUCAUGGUGAUUUCAAACAUAAUAAUGUGUUGGUUGAUGAGGUAAAAAGAUGCUCGUAGUUCUAUAUAAUUUAAUUAAUUGUUUAUGUCAUUAAUUAUGGUGGUUUGACAUGUAGGGCACAAAUACUGUGUUAA